UUAUUUUACAGCGAACUGCAUGAUAUUUUUGGAAAAGAUCAUUCCAUAAUUCCUCCGGUACUAAUGGGAACGAAUUUUCUCGUUAUAAACAAUAGUAUUGCAAUUACAUCAAAUUCAAAAGUGACAGAUCUGUUGUCAACAGAUCAAGACACAUCUUUGAAAAACAUCAAUAAAGCUGCACCAACUGAAGAUGUUCUACUACUUCAGCUACAAGAUACCUGUGCAAUAGAUAAUAUUGGCGAAGAAGGAUGUCAAGAGAUGAUCAACAAAGAAAAUAUAUUUCGUGAAAAUGAUAAACAGCAGACACCGAUCGAAAUAAAAAACAAAAAAAUACCAAAAAGGGAAUCUGCUAAAAAUAUCCGCGAAAAACAAGAAAACGAGAAAGCUGCUCGACAGUAUGAGUAUUUGAAACUCAAACGCAUCGAACUGAAACUGAAAGCCAAAAAAUAUAAAGCCAAAUACAAUAUCGACAUCGACAAUGACGAUGAUGACAUUGAUGUGACAUAA